GUUCGUUCGCAGUAUGUCUCACUUCUCACUAGACAUCCUAAGCGUUCGGUUGUGUGUUUCCGUACGUUUUCCGGCCAUUUUCUCAACGACCAGUAAGCGGUUUAACCUCGGAUAGAUAGCAGAAAGCAAGAGUUUUUCUCGUUUGUAACGAAAAUCAUCAUCGUCCAGCGUGUGUGUGCUAUUUAGGUGGUUGCGUGCGUGUUUUAAAUCUCUGUUUCGUCGCCAAUUCUCUAAUAGGUCCGCGUACAGCGCAACCGGGAAUUGCAUCCAACAAACCGUGCGUAGUGCAAAUCGUGCGUGAUCGUGUGUAGCUCAUACCAGCGGAAAAUAAGCGAAGAAAAGAGUAUCCUUUGUGUGUAUAGUGCCAGUGUGUACGGUUUCCAGAAAGAAAGGAAACAAAUCCCAGACAACGCACGUUCAGUGUGAACAAAACGAAAGGAAACAACCUCCAAUUCGUGUCGUUUCAAGUGUCCAUCUUAUUUUCAUUGGCCAUCUUGCAUCGAGGCAGUAGCGAAGCGCUUUUCUGCCCAGGAUACAGCAAUCCCCGUCACUCGACAGACAUAUCCUCCGUUACCCGUUUCGUAAGCUCCUUUUUAACGCAUAAUCAGCAAGAUGACUGAAACCACAGAAGCACCAGUCGUUGCACAGACCGCCGAAACCAAGACACCGUCGCCCACGACCGAGACGGCAGUCGUCACACCGGCAGAGAACGGUCAUGCUGAGGGCGGCGAUGCGAAAGCGGCUGCGGGUGAAGAACAGACCAAUGGAGCUGCGACCCCGGACGAGAAGGCAAAGGCCGAAGAGAAGAAGGAGGACCCACCGAAGGAGAUGCGCGCUGUCGUACUGACCGGUUUCGGUGGUUUCAAGAACGUGAAGAUCCUGAAAAAGCCCGAACCGUCGCCCCAGGCCGGUGAGGUGCUGAUCCGCGUCAAGGCAUGUGGAUUGAACUUCCAGGAUUUGAUGGUCCGACUAGGUGCAAUUGAUUCGCCGCCGAAAACUCCAACCAUUCUUGGCUUCGAAUGUGCCGGUGAAAUUGAAGCUGUCGGUGAGGAGGUCGAAGGAUUUAAGGUUGGUGAUCGUGUCGUGGCCCUACCGGAAUUCCGGGCCUGGUCCGAACUGGUGGCCGUCCCGAUCAAGUACGUCUAUCACAUUCCGGAGGAGAUGACAUUCCAGGACGCUGCUGCCAUCGUGAUGAACUAUCUGGUCGCCUACAUUCUCAUCUUCGAUCUGGUGUCAUUGCGCGAGGGCAAGUCGAUGCUGCUGCAUUCCGUCGGUGGCGGUGUGGGUCAAGCCAUCGUUCAGCUGGUACGCACCGUGCCGAAUGUAACCAUUUUCGGUGUUUGCUCGAAAUCAAAGCAUGAAGCCCUGGCCGCAACCGGUCUGAUUGACCAUCUGAUCGAUCGUACCGACUAUGUCAACGAGGUCCGGAAGAUUACGACCGAAGGUGUGGACAUCGUGAUGGAUUGUCUGUGCGGCGAGGAAUGCAAUCGUGGUUAUGGGCUGCUAAAGCCGAUGGGCAAAUACAUCCUGUACGGUUCGUCGAACGUUGUCACCGGUGAGACCAAGAGCUUCUUCAGUGUUGCUCGUUCGUGGUGGCAGGUGGAUAAGGUAUCCCCGAUCAAGCUGUUCGAUGAAAACAAGAGUCUGGGCGGAUUCAAUCUUCGCCAUCUGCUGUACCAGCAGGACGGUUCGGAGUAUGUACGCUCGACGGUGGAUAAGAUCUUCGGUCUGUGGAAGGAGGGCAAGGUCAGGCCGGUCGUUGAUUCGGCCUGGGCGCUUGAGGAUGUGGCAGAGGCGAUGCAGAAGAUGCACGAUCGCAAAAACAUCGGCAAGCUGGUGCUGGAUCCAUCGAUGGAACCGAAACCGAAACCCGCCACACCAGCCAAGAGCAAAUCGAAGAAGCAGGCCAGCGAGGACAAGGGAGGCAAGAAGGAUAAGGACGACGAGAAGAAGACGGCCGAGAAUGGUAGUGGCGAUGAAAAGAAGGAGGGAGGCGAUAUGGCCGAAGAAGCUAAGACGAACGGCGAUGCGGAGGAGGGUGUUGCCGCCCAGGUGAAUGGUGAUGGCGCUGCUGAGAAGAAGGACGAACCAGCAGUUGCUGCUACCAAUGGGGAUGCAACGGAAAGUGAAAAAAAGGAAUCGAGUUGAACGGUUAGCAGCACAGCCGUCACAACCUAGAAUCAUUGCAAAAUACAACAGCACAACUAUCCCGCAACCCAUCAUUGAACUAUUUUACCGUUUUUACUUCCACAAUACACCCUUACACCACCUGAAGCCCAGCUAAUGGUGGGUUUACCGAAAAGAUGAGGUGUGAUAAUCGGUGUCGGGCGUGUGUUUAUCGGUGUCUCGUGCCACAUUAUCAUCACUAUCACUACUACCCCUCAAGCGUCAACAGGAAUUUGCAACGAGAUAUGGGAAGCAGCAACUAAAUAUAUUAUAAAUAUAUCUAAAUGGCAAGCAAGCAUACGAAAAGUCAUACGCAAAACAUCUAUUACUACAACAAAAAAAACAACCCGCAUAAUUCUAUAACUAAUAGCGGGCUGCUACAAUAAACGUCCGCAGGAAGAAAUAAGUGAACGGAGCUGUAAAGCAACGUAAUACAGAAAGCAAAUCACUUAUGUGGUUUAGACGGCGUGAAAAAAAGAAUUGGCCAAUGGUAAAAUGAAACGAACGAAAGCGCAUUCAAAACCAAUGUUUAGUGUCCGUUUUGUCAGGAUGAACAAGAAAUGUAAAUCGUAAUGUGAAAUAAUCUCGCAAACAGUUAUUGCUUUCUUCACGAUGCAAAAUGUCCAUCAUAAAGGCUACGCCAAUUGGUUUUGUGUGAAAGUUGAUCUCAUACGUUUCGUUCGUUUGUUUGUUCGUAGUUAAACAUUUUGUUUUUAUUCCCGCGAUUGCUUACUGAAUAACAAAAUUAAAGAUUUCAAUGUAAAUCGAUUCUAGAUGGAAAGUGAAUGAACAGUGCAAAAUUGGCCUAAUGGAACAGAAGACAGCAACAACAGAUAGCAAAAAAGGAGUAAAGAAACGGAACAAUCAAGAACAGGAAAGCAUAACGUUUGCUGCACAACAUGAAAUACGAUUGCAUAAAUACAUUACACAAACAAUCAAACACACACCCACAUACACACACACAGUAGCAACAGCGAGAGGGAUACGAGAGCGGAUCAGUUGGAUAUUUCUUCCUUUUUUAAUAUGUGUCAUUUUUUAUGUAAUAUUUAAAUACUAAUUGUAAUAUUUCAUAUUAUAUGUUUUGCGUCUCGGAAUAUCAAGCUUCCAAAUCUGUAUCUACCCGGUGCAGCGUAAUAAUCGAAAUUAAUUUUUACGUUUUAUACACGGUACCGGUUUCGGUUUCAUUUUUUAUGUAAUUAAUUAAAAUAGAUGAAGUUACAUUAAUACCGUACAGCGCGCGGAGCGAGCGUGAGAAGUUGUGAACACAUUGCGGUAUUAAAGCAAAUUCCAGAAUUGUCUACAAAAACAAACAUGUUAGCCAUUGCUCGUUAGGUUCUUUGGAAGCGUUUGUUUCUAAAAAAAAGCAAAAUAUCCCCAAAUUAUUCUUGGUUAUAUGUUUAUAUGUAGGGUUUGUGUUUUUGGCAACUGCGCGUGCAUUGUUGAUUAGCUUCAACACAAACAACACGCGGAAAGAAGAAUGUGUCACAAGUAUAGUAAUAUCGGGGGUGGUGCCGCUCCUUUAUCGAUUUGUAUAAAUUAAAGAAACAACAACAAAAAAAAUGAAUAUAAUUAUUAUUUUUACAUUUAAAUCGUCAUGUUUUGCGUAACAAAAAAAGAGGGAUUAUAAAUGGAUAAUAAUUGUAAAGCUGAGAUUUAUAA